UUUCGUGCUCGAAGACUCCGCCCCCCGCGGCCAAUCAGUAGGCCUCGCCCUUUACAAUGGCGAAUGGCAGUGAGCGUGGGGGGCGUGGCUGAGGGCCCGGGGGCGCGGCCUGGCGCUGAGAGAAGCGGCGGGGACAGCCGGGGGCUCUAGUGAACGGCGAAGCCGGACAGGGAUCGCCGGCGGGCGGCGAGCGGCGGCGGCCUGGGCCCGGCGGUCUCCGAGAUGUCACGAUGGCUGUGGCCAUGGUCGAACUGUGUGAAAGAGCGGGUAUGCCGCUACUUGCUGCACCACUACUUGGGUCACUUCUUCCAGGAGCACCUCAGCCUGGAUCAGCUCAGCCUCGACUUGUACAAGGGCAGUGUUGCCCUGCGGGAUAUCCACCUGGAGAUCUGGUCUGUGAACGAAGUGCUGGAGUCCAUAGAAUCACCCUUAGAGCUGGUGGAAGGCUUCGUGGGCUCUAUCAAGGUGGCCGUGCCCUGGGCUGCGCUGCUCACUGACCACUGCACCGUGCACGUGUCAGGCCUCCAGCUCACCCUGCAGCCUCGUCGGGGCCCAGGGCCAGGGGCUGCCGACUCUCAGAGUUGGGCCUCAUGCAUGACCACGAGCCUGCAGCUGGCUCAGGAGUGCCUUCGGGACGGGCUGCCCGAGCCCUCGGAGGCACCACAGCCCCUGGAGGGACUGGAAAUGUUUGCCCAGACCAUUGAGACUGUGCUGCGAAGGAUCAAGGUGACCUUCCUGGACACUGUCGUGAGGGUGGAGCACUCGCCAGGUGAUGGGGAGCAUGGCGUGGCAGUGGAAGUCCAUGUACAGAGACUGGAGUACUGUGAUGAGGCAGUGCGGGACCCAAGCCAGGCGCCUCCAGUGGACGUGCACCAGCCUCCUGCCUUUCUGCACAAGCUGCUGCAGCUAGCAGGAGUCCGCCUGCACUUCGAGGAGCUCCCCCCACAGGAAGAUCCCCCACAACCCCCCUUGCAGAUCGGCAGCUGCUCAGGGUAUAUGGAAUUGACAGUGAAAUUGAAGCAGAAUGAGGCCUUCCCAGGCCCCAAGCUGGAGGUGGCUGGACAGCUGGGCUCCUUGCACCUGCUCCUGACGCCUCAGCAGCUCCAGCAGCUUCAAGAACUGCUCAGUGCCAUGAGCCUCGCAGACCCUGACGGCCUGGUUGACAAGCUGAAUAAGAGCCGCCCGCUCGGUGCUGAAGACCUGUGGCUGAUUGAGCAGGACCUGAACCAGCAGCUGCAGGCAGGGGCUGUGGCCGAGCCCCUCAGCCCAGAACCCCUUACCAACCCUCUUGUCAACCUGGACAACACUGACCUCUUCUUCUCCAUGGCGGGCCUCACGAGCAGUGUGGCCUCAGCCCUCUCUGAGCUCUCCCUCUCGGAUGUAGACCUGGGAUCCUCUGUGCACAGCGACAUGGCCCCCCGCCGGCUGUCUGCCCAUGCCCACCCAACUGGCAAGACGGCCCCCACGCCCCUCCCGGACACCCUGCGCCCUGACUCACUGGUGAAGAUGACCUUGGGGGGCAUGACCCUGACCUUGCUGCAGACGUCUGCCCCAUCUUCUGGACCACCUGACCUCACCACCCACUUUUUUGCGGAGUUUGAUGCCACCAAGGAUGGGCCCUUCGGCUCCCGUGACUUCCACCAUCUCCGACCGCGCUUCCAGAGGGCCUGUCCCUGUAGCCAUGUCCGGCUAACGGGGACAGCUGUGCAGCUGUCCUGGGAGCUGCGGACAGGCAGGGGCCGAAGGACUACGAGCACACACGUGCACUUCGGGCAGCUCGAGGUGCUGGAGUGCCUGUGGCCCAGGGACACGUCAGAGCCCGAGUACACAGAGAUCCUGAGCUUCCCCAGCACCCUAGGUUCCCAGGCCUCAGCUCGGCCCUGUGCCCACCUGCGUCACACACAGACUCUCCGCCGGAUGUCCAAGAGCCGACCCCGGCGCCCCGCUGCCUGCCAUUGCCACUCAGAACUGGCCCUGGACCUGGCUGACUUCCAGGCAGAUGUGGAGCUGGGGGCCCUGGACCGGCUUGCUGCCCUGCUGCGCCUGGCUACCAUACCCCCUCCUGAGCCACCUGCCAGCCUCCUGACAGAACCCGCACCAGCUGCCGAGCAGCAGACGGUGGUGCGGCUCUCAGCACCCCGGGCCACGCUGCAGCUGCGCUUCCCCAUUGCCGACCUGAGGCCCGAGCGGGACCCCUGGGCAGGCCGGGCUGUGCGGGCCGAGCAGCUGCGGCUGGAGCUGAGUGAGCCCCAGUUCCGGUCAGAGUUGAACAGCGGUCCUGGUCCCCCAGUGCCCACCCGCCUGGAACUUACCUGCUCCGAUCUGCAUGGCACUUACGAAGAUGGAGAGAAGCCACCCAUCCCCUGCCUGCGGGUCUCCAAAGCCCUGGAUCCCAAGAGCCCUGGGCGCAAAUACUUCCUGCCCCAGGUAGUGGUGACACUGCGCCCCCAGCUCAGCAGCGCACAGUGGGAAGUGGCCCCUGAGAAGGGAGAGCUGCUGGAGCUGUCAGCUGAGAGUCCGUGUGAGCUGCGGGAGCCUGAGCCCUCGCCCUUCUCCUCUAAAAGGACCAUGUACGAGACGGAGGAGAUGGUGAUUCCUGGAGACCCUGAGGAGAUGAGGACCUUCCAGAGCCGGGCCCUGGUGCUGUCGCGCUGCAGCCUGGAAGUGCUCCUGCCCAGCGCCCACAUCUUCCUGCCCAGCAAGGAGGUCUAUGAGAGCCUCUAUAACAGGAUCAACAACGACCUGCUCAUGUGGGAGCCUGCGGACCUGCUUCCCACCCCUGACCCCGCCGCUCACCCCGCUGGUUUCCCAGGCCCCUCAGGCUUUUGGCACGACAACUUCAAGAUGUGCAAGUCAGCCUUCAAGCUGGACUCAGACUCGGAUGAUGAGGAUGCCCACUUCUCAGUAGGGGCAUCAGGCGCUCCCCAGCCCCCUGCCCCUGAGUCCCCAAGUCCUCGCUCCCAGAGUACCUUCUCUACGCUGGUGACAGUGCUGAAGGGUCGGAUCACAGCCCUCUGUGAGACUAAGGAUGAGGUUGGGAGGCGGCUAGAGACCUCACACGGGGAACUGGUGUUGGAUGUGGAGCAAGGCACCAUCUUCAGCGUCUCCCAGUACCGAGGCCAGCCGGGACUCGGCUAUUUCUGCCUAGAAGCCGAGAAGGCCAAGCUCUACCACCGAGCGGUUGUGGAAGACCACCUGCUGCCCAGUCGCCUGGAGCUGCCCAGCUUUGUUCCUCCGGCCCAGCUGGCCCCAACCAUCUACCCAUCGGAGGAAGGGGUGACCGAACGGGGAGCCUCGGGCCCCAAGGGCCAGGGCCGGGGUCCCCACAUGCUGUCCACGGCUGUGCGCAUCCAUCUGGACCCCCACAAAAAUGUCAAGGAGUUCCUGGUGACACUGAGGCUCCACAAGGCCACCCUGCGCCACUUCAUGGCUUUACCAGAACAGAGUUGGCACUCCCAGCUGUUGGAGUUCUUAGAUGUGCUUGAUGACCCAGUGCUGGGCUACCUGCCCCCAACCGUCAUUACUGUCCUACACACUCACCUGUUCUCCUGCGCUGUGGACUACAGGCCCCUCUACCUCCCUGUGCGUGUCCUUAUCACCGCUGAGACCUUCACCCUCUCCAGCAACAUCAUCAUGGACACCUCCACCUUCCUGCUCAGGUUCAUCCUGGACGACUCAGCCUUAUACCUGUCCGACAAGUGUGAGGUGGAGACGCCGGAUCUGCAGCGAGAUUAUGUCUGUGUCUUGGAUGUUGACCUUCUAGAGCUUGUGAUUAAAACCUGGAAGGGGAGCACCGAGGGCAAACUGAGCCAGCCGCUGUUCGAACUGCGUUGCUCCAACAACGUGGUGCACGUGCACAGCUGUGCAGACUCCUGCGCCCUGCUGGUCAACCUGCUCCAGUACGUAAUGAGUGCGGGCGACCUCCACCCCCCUCCCCGGGCCCCCAGCCCCACGGAGAUCGCCGGCCAGAAGGUACAGCUGUCUGAGAGCCCUGCCUCCCUGCCCUCCUGCCCUCCGGUGGAGACGGCCCUCAUCAACCAGCGGGACCUGGCCGACGCCCUCUUGGACACUGAGCGCAGCUUGCGGGAGCUGACCCAGCCUUCAGGUGGCCCCCUCCCUCAGACCUCGCCUGUGUCAGUCUACCUAUUCCCAGGUGAACGGAGUGGGGGCCAGCCCCACUCGCCCCCUGUUGUGGCCCCCGCUGGCAGCCUAGGGUCCUGCUCAGAGGCCCAGGAAGAUGAAAAGGAAGAGGGAGAUGGAGACACUCUGGACAGUGACGAGUUCUGCAUCCUUGAUGCUCCUGGCCUGGGCAUCCCGCCCCGAGAUGGGGAGCCCGUGGUGACACAGCUGCAUCCAGGCCCCAUCGUCGUGCAGGACGGGUACUUCUCACGGCCCUUGGGCAGCACGGACCUGCUGCGGGCGCCUGCCCACUUCCCCGUGCCUAGCAGCCGUGUGGUGCUCCGUGAAGUCUCGCUCGUCUGGCACCUCUAUGGGGGCCGGGACUUUGGCCCCCAGCCUGGCCACAGGGCAAGAGGCAGCUUCAUGGGCCCCAGGGGCUCUCCUUCCCGCUGCUCCGGCCCCAACCGGCCCCAGAACUCUUGGCGUACACAGGGGGGCACUGGGAGGCAGCACCACGUCCUCAUGGAGAUCCAGCUCAGCAAGGUAAGCUUCCAGCACGAGGUGUACCCGGUGGAGCCAGCCACAGGCCCUGCGGCCCCCGGCCAGGAGCUCGAGGAGCGGCCCCUGUCCCGCCAGGUGUUCAUUGUGCAGGAGCUGGAGGUCCGGGACCGGCUGGCCUCCUCCCAGAUCAACAAGUUCCUGUACCUGCACACGAGCGAGCGGAUGCCACGUCGAGCCCACUCCAACAUGCUCACCAUCAAAGCACUGCACGUGGCCCCCACAACCAACCUGGGGGGGCCCGAGUGCUGUCUCCGGGUCUCGCUGAUGCCCCUGCGGCUCAACGUGGACCAGGACGCCCUGCUCUUCCUCAAGGACUUCUUCACCAGCUUGGUGGCUAGCAUCAAUCCUAUGGUCUCGGCAGAGACGUCCGCUGAGGCUCGCCCUGAGACCCGAGUCCAGCCCAGCAGCCUCCAGGAGGGCCGGCCUGAGGACGCAGAGAUGACCGGCUCCCAGGAGGCCACGGGCGGUGGACACAGCUCCUCUGCUGAGCAGCAGCCUAUCUACUUCAGGGAGUUCCGCUUCACGUCCGAGGUGCCUAUCUGGUUGGAUUACCACGGCAAGCACGUCACCAUGGACCAGGUGGGUACUUUCGCUGGCCUCCUCAUCGGCCUAGCCCAGCUCAACUGCUCCGAGCUGAAGCUGAAGCGGCUUUGUUGCCGACAUGGACUCCUGGGUGUGGACAAGGUGCUGGGCUACGCUCUCAACGAGUGGCUACAGGAUAUCCGCAAGAACCAGCUGCCUGGCCUGCUGGGGGGUGUAGGCCCCAUGCACUCUGUUGUCCAGCUCUUUCAAGGGUUCCGGGACCUGCUUUGGCUGCCCAUCGAGCAGUACAGAAAGGACGGGCGCCUCAUGCGGGGGCUGCAGCGGGGGGCCGCCUCCUUUGGCUCAUCCACGGCCUCGGCCGCCCUGGAACUCAGCAACCGGCUGGUGCAGGCUAUCCAGGCCACAGCUGAGACCGUGUACGACAUCCUGUCCCCAGCAGCGCCCAUCCCCCGCUCCCUGCAGGACAAGCGCUCCAUGCGAAGGCUGCGAAAGGGCCACCAGCCCGCUGACCUCCGGGAAGGUGUGGCGAAGGCCUAUGACACAGUUCGAGAGGGCAUCCUGGACACGGCUCAGACCAUCUGUGAUGUGGCAUCUCGGGGCCACGAGCAGAAGGGGCUGACGGGUGCCGUGGGGGGCGUGAUCCGCCAGCUGCCCCCAACCGUGGUGAAGCCCCUCAUUCUAGCCACCGAGGCCACGUCCAGUCUGCUCGGGGGGAUGCGAAACCAGAUCCUCCCCGACGCACACAAGGACCACGCUCUCAAGUGGCGUUCAGACGAAGGCCAGGACUGAGCACCGGGCGCCGGGACCCAUGGGCGCUGCUCCCCACCUCGCCCGGCCAGCCCCGGUGGCGUCUUGGCUCCUGCGCCUCCCCAGAGCUUUCAGCCCACAGCCGGGCGGGCCCUUGGGAAGGACCCUGAAGGACCCUGCCUGGCACCCCCUGCCAGUCGCUGUGAGAACGAGGCCUCCCUGCCUGGGGCCUCAGCCCCGUCUCUGCACUUUUCCUCUGGGGAGAAAGGACACCGCCUCCACCACCACCUGGGCCCACACUGCCGCCUCAUCCCAGGACGGAGGCUCUUGGACCCUCAGACCCCGACCCCACUCAGCCAAGUGUCUCUCUGUGUCUGGGGGGAGGUGGGGGACAGACACUGUGGGGGUCAAUGUAUUUUUAAGCUCCUUGGAGCGUGUGGGUCAGUAUCUGCAUGAAGUGCAAUAAACUGUGCCCACCGCCGGCCCCCUCA